AUGUGACUGGCGGCCAUGUCAUGCGCCUCUUCCACGGCCACAUGGAUGAAUGCCUCACCAUCUCCACCACGGACCCGAAUGAAGAGCAGCGCAGGCUGGUAAACUAUGAAGGAGGUCCCGUUUGUUCCCAGGCCCGAUCUCUCUGGCGCCUGGAGCCCCUGCGCAUCAGCUGGAGUGGCAGCCACAUGAAAUGGGGUCAACCCUUCCGUGUCCGUCAUGUCACCACGGGACGCUACUUGGCCCUGACUGAGGAGAAAGGGCUGGUGGUGGUGGACGCUGAGAAGGCCAACACCAAAGCAACAUCGUUCUGCUUCCGGGUCUCAAAGGAAAAGCUAGACGUGGCCCCCAAACGAGAUGUGGAAGGCAUGGGCGCCCCGGAGAUCAAAUACGGAGAGUCCAUGUGCUUUGUGCAACACGUGGACAGCGGUCUCUGGGUGACCUAUGCAGCCGCCGACGCCAAGGCAAUGCGUCUGGGUUUGCUCAAGAGAAGGGCCAUCUUGCAUCAGGAAGGGCAUAUGGACGAUGCCCUCUCGCUCACCCGCUGCCAGCAAGAGCAGUCCCAAGCGGCGCGGAUGAUCUACAACACUUCGGGCCUUUACAACCAGUUCAUCAAAGGCCUGGACACCUUGCUGGGGAAGACCAAGUCCAGCACGCCGGUGACUCUUCCCAUUGAAGGGGUGAUUCUCAGCUUGCAGGAUCUCAUCAACUACUUCCAGCACCCCGAGGAAGAACUCCAGCAUGAAGAGAAGCAGACCAAGCUCCGGUCCCUGAAGAACAGGCAGAACCUCUUCCAGGAGGAGGGUAUGAUCACCCUCGUCCUGAACUGCAUCGACCGCCUCAACGUGUACAGUACGGCUGCCCACUUUGCCGAGUUUGCCGGAGAGGACGCGGCUGAGUCUUGGAAGGAGAUUGUGAACCUACUUUACGAACUAUUGGCCUCGCUGAUUCGUGGGAACCGUUCCAACUGCGCCCUGUUUUCCAACAAUCUGGACUGGCUGGUCAGCAAACUGGACCGAUUGGAGGCAUCCUCUGGCAUUUUGGAGGUAUUGUAUUGUGUCCUCAUUGAAAGUCCAGAAGUGCUGAAUAUCAUCCAGGAAAACCACAUCAAAUCCAUCAUCUCCCUCCUGGACAAACAUGGACGCAACCACAAGGUGCUGGAUGUUCUCUGCUCUCUGUGUGUCUGCAAUGGCGUGGCCGUCCGCUCCAAUCAAAACCUGAUCACCGAAAACUUGCUGCCGGGGAGAGAUCUUCUGUUGCAAACGAAGCUUAUCAAUCAUGUCACCAGCAUGCGCCCCAACAUCUUUCUGGGUACCCACGAAGGAACCACCCAGUACAAGAAGUGGUAUUAUGAGAUGAUUGUGGACGUGGUGGAGCCUUUUGUGACUGCCCAGGCCACGCAUUUGCGGGUCGGCUGGGCCAUGGCCGAAGGCUAUAGCCCCUACCCAGGGGGUGGAGAAGGCUGGGGCGGCAACGGCGUUGGGGAUGAUCUUUAUUCUUUUGGCUUCGAUGGUCUCCACCUGUGGUCAGGCCGCGUGGCUCGGGCCGUGGCGUCCCCCGGGCAGCACAUGCUUGGGGCGGACGACGUGGUGAGCUGCUGCCUGGAUUUGAGUGUGCCCAGCAUCUCUUUCCGCAUCAACGGCUUCCCGGUGCAGGGCAUGUUUGAGAACUUCAACCUGGAUGGGCUAUUCUUCCCCGUGAUUAGCUUCUCGGCGGGCAUCAAGGUGCGGUUCCUCCUGGGGGGUCGCCACGGAGAGUUCAAAUUCCUGCCACCUCCGGGCUACGCUCCCUGCUACGAGGGUGUCCUUCCCCGUGAGAAGAUGCGCGUGGAGCCCAUCAAGGAGUACAAGCACGACAUCAAUGGCUUCCGGAACCUCCUGGGCCCGACCCAGUCCUUGUCCCACACGUCCUUCAUCCCUUACCCUGUGGAUACUGUCCAGAUCGUCUUGCCUCCGCACCUUGAGAAGAUCCGGGAGAAACUGGCAGAGAAUAUCCACGAAUUGUGGGCACUCACUCGCAUCGAGCAGGGAUGGAUUUACGGGCCGGUCCGGGAUGACAACAAACACCUGCACCCAUGUUUGUUGGAUUUCCACAGCCUUCCUGAGCCGGAGCGCAAUUACAACCUGCAGAUGUCAGGCGAGACCCUCAAGACCUUGCUUGCUCUGGGCUGCCAUGUGGGGAUGGCGGAUGAGAAAGCCGAAGAGAACCUCAAGAAAACCAAGCUGCCUAAAACGUACAUGAUGUCCAAUGGCUACAAACCAGCACCCUUGGAUCUCAACCACAUCAAGCUCACACCAGCCCAAAAUACGUUGGUGGACAAACUGGCUGAGAACGGACACAAUGUCUGGGCACGGGAUCGGGUCCAACAGGGCUGGACGUACAGCGUUGUGCAGGACAUCAAAAACAAGCGCAACCCCCGCCUGGUGCCCUAUCACCUCCUCGAUGAGAGGACCAAGAAGACCAACCGGGACAGCUUGCGGGAAGCGGUGCGAACCCUCCUUGGCUACGGAUACAACAUUGAACCCCCAGAUCAGGAAGCCCCUCUAGAACUGGCCAAGGGCCGGCUGGAUAAAGUCCGCAUUUUCCGCGCCGAGCAGUUCUACGCAGUAAAGACGGGCAAGUGGUAUUUUGAGUUCGAGGCCGUCACUACUGGCGAGAUGCGGGUCGGGUGGGCCCGCCCGAACGUGAGACCUGACGUGGAGCUGGGCGCUGACAACCUCUCCUAUGUCUUCAAUGGGCAUCGGGGUCAACGUUGGCACGUAGGGAGUGAGCCUUUUGGUCGCCCAUGGCAACCAGGAGAUGUGGUUGGAUGCAUGAUUGACCUGACGGAUAACCACAUCAUGUUUACACUGAAUGGGGAGAUGCUGAUCAGUGACUCGGGAUCAGAGCUGGCCUUCAAAGAAAUAGAGAUCGAAGAUGGCUUCAUCCCAGUGUGCAGCUUGGGCCUCUCCCAAGUGGGACGACUCAACUUGGGUCAGGAUGUCAGCAGCCUUCGCUAUUUCACCAUCUGUGGUCUCCAAGAAGGUUACGAGCCCUUUGCAAUCAACACAAAGCGGGAAGUCACCAUGUGGUUCAGCAAAAGCCUGCCUCAGUUUUCCCCCGUGCCCGAUGAGCACCCUCACUACGAGGUGUCACGUAUUGAUGGCACCGUGGACAACCCGCCAUGUCUAAAGCUGACGCACCGAACGUUCGGCUCCCAGAACGCUGUUGUGGAACUCCUCUUCCUGCGCCUCAGUAUGCCAGUGGAAUUCCAUGAGAAGUUCAAGGUCCCCGCCGGUACCACUCCACUCACUCACGCGCUCACCAUCCCCGAAGAUGAAGUCAAGGAAGUUGACCUUGAUUCCGAGUUUGAGCAGUUGAAGAAAACCGCCAGCCGCAAGGAAGCUGAGGAAACCGAGAAGGAGAAACAAGGCCCGGGUUCUCCAGCCGCUCACAAGGAGUCAUCCAAAGAGGCCCCCAAAGCAGAGAAUGAGAAGGAUUCCUCCAAUGAGAAAAGCAAAGCCAAGAGAGGCUUCUUGUUCAAAGCCAAGAAAGCCACUACCCUCAUUACCCCUGCUCCUGUAGUCCCCACAGUACCUCGACUUGAAGAGGAAGUAGUUCCCGAUGACCGGGAUGAUCCAGAGAUCAUCAUGAACACCACAACGUAUUACUACUCGGUCCGGAUAUUUGCAGGCCAAGAGCCCACUACGGUCUGGGUAGGUUGGGUGACCCCUGAUUACCACCAGCAUGACAUGAACUUCGACCUCACGAAAGUGCGCAACGUCACAGUCACCAUGGGUGACGACAAGGGAAAUAUCCACGACAGCAUCAAAAGAAGCAACUGCUACAUGGUGUGGGGAGGGGAUUUUGUCAGCAGCACCCAGCAGACCCGAGUUAGCACGGUGGAUCUGGUGAUCGGUUGCCUUGUGGAUUUGGCCACAGGGCUCAUGACUUUCACAGCCAAUGGGAAAGAAGUCAACACCUUCUUCCAGGUGGAGCCCAACACAAAACUGUUUCCCGCCGUUGUCGCUCUCCCCACAAACCAGAAUGUCAUGCAGUUUGAACUGGGCAAACUGAAGAAUAUUAUGCCAAUAUCAGCUGCCAUGUUCCGGAGCGAGCGGAAAAACCCGGAGCCCCAGUGCCCACCUCGCCUUGCCAUUCAAAUGCUAGCCCCCAUGACUUGGAGCCGUAUGCCCAAUGAGUUUCUACGGGUGGAUGUUGCUCGCUUUAGCGACCGUCAUGGCUGGAUGGUUGAAUGCCUGGAACCAAACAUAAUGAUGGCUCUCCACAUCCCAGAGGAAAACCGGUGUAUAGACAUUCUGGAAUUGUCCGAGCGCCAAGACCUGUUGACUUUCCAUUCCCAUAGUCUGAAGUUGUACUGUGCCGUGUGCGCUUUGGGCAACAACCGAGUGGCCCAUGCCUUGUGCAGCCACGUGGACGAGUCACAAUUGCUUUACGCCAUCGAGAGCAACCAUCUUCCAGGUCUGCUGCGUAGUGGCUACUACGACCUCCUUAUCAGCAUGCACCUGGAGUCGGCCAAGCGUUCCCGUCUCAUGAUGAACAGUGAGUUCAUUGUCCCCAUGACGGAUGAGACCAAGACCAUCACGCUGUUCCCGGAUGGCAUGAAGAAACCCGGGUUGCCCGGGGUGGGCAUGAGCACCUGCCUGCGCCCUCCGCUCCACUUCUCUGACACCUGCUUUGUCAGCACCAGCUCUGAGCUCUACCAGCUGAGUCCUUCCAUCCCGCUGGAUGUGCUGAAGGUGAAGGCCAUCAACAUGCUGACGGAGGCUGUCCAAGACGGAGGGCAACAUACCCGUGACCCCGUCGGGGGUAGUGUGGAGUUCCAGUUUGUGCCUGUUCUGAAGUUGGUCUGCACCCUCCUCAUCAUGGGUGUGUUUGAGGACGAAGACGUGUGCCAUAUCCUCAAGAUGAUUGACCCCAACGUCUUUGGAGAAUCCAAAGAGGAGGAGGAAGUCCCGGGGGAAGCUGAGGAGGUGGCAGGGGAAGGGGAAGGGGAAGACCAGGGCUAUGUGGAGGAGGAGGAGGAGGAGGAAGCAGGAGAGGAAGAGGAAGAGGAGGAGAAAGAAGCUGGAGGGGAGCAGAAGGAAGAAGCCGAAGAAGGAGAAAAGCAGGAGCUGAAGGCCAUCGAGGCUGGAGAAGCUGAAGCCAGAGAAGACGAGGAAGGACUGGAAGAAGGCCUACUGCAAAUGAAGCUUCCGGAAUCGGUCAAGUUGCAGAUGUGCAACCUGUUGCAGUUCUUCUGGGACCGCGAGCUGCAGCACCGCGUGGAAGCCAUCAUCGCUUUCUCGGAGCGCUAUGUGGACAGGCUGCAGACCAACCAACGGCAGCGUUACUCAACACUGAUGCAAGCCUUCACCAUGUCGGCUGCGGAGACUGCUCGGCGCACCCGGGAAUUCCGGUCUCCUCCCCAGGAGCAGAUCAACAUGCUGCUACAAUUCAAGAAUGGUGCCGAUAUUGAGGAUUGCCCAGUGCCUGAAGAGAUCCGGGAUGAAUUAUUGGAAUUUCAUACUGAUCUGCUAGCCCAUUGCGGAAUCCAAAGCGAGGGGGAGGAGGAACAGGAAGAGGAAGAUACUUCCUUUCACCGGCGGCUGAUGAAUUUGGUGGAGAAGGUGGUGAACCUUCGCAAGAAAAAAGAAGAAGCGCAAGAUGAGCAGCCUCCGGAAGAGGAGCCAAAACCCAGCACGUUGCAAGAGCUGAUCUCCCACACGAUGGUCCAUUGGGCCCAGGAGUCCUUCGUCCAGAACCCAGAGCUAGUCCGGUUGAUGUUCAGCCUCCUCCAUCGGCAGUACGACGGCCUCGGUGAGCUCAUCCGUGCUAUGCCCAAGGCGUAUACCAUCAAUGCCAACUCGGUGGAGGAUACCAUGAGUCUGCUGGAGUGCCUGGGGCAGAUCCGCUCACUGCUCAUCGUUCAGAUGGGGCUUGAAGAGGAGAACCUGAUGAUCCAGAGCAUUGGCAAUAUAAUGAACAACAAAGUCUUCUACCAGCACCCCAACUUGAUGAGGGCCCUGGGAAUGCAUGAGACUGUCAUGGAGGUGAUGGUGAACGUUCUGGGAGGAGGGGACUCAAAGGAGAUCCGCUUCCCUAAAAUGGUGACCAACUGUUGCCGCUUCUUGUGCUACUUCUGCCGCAUCAGUCGCCAGAACCAACGCUCCAUGUUUGACCACCUCAGCUACCUGCUGCAGAAUAGCGGGAUCGGGCUGGGCAUGCGAGGAUCCACACCCUUGGAUGUGGCUGCUGCUUCGGUCAUCGAUAACAAUGAACUGGCCCUGGCUUUGCAGGAACAGGAUCUGGAAAAGGUAGUGACCUACCUUGCUGGCACAGGCCUCCAGAGCUGUCCCAUGUUGCUCUCCAAGGGAUAUCCUGAUAUUGGUUGGAACCCUUGUGGAGGCGAGCAUUACCUGGAUUUCCUGCGCUUCACCGUCUUCGUCAAUGGUGAAAGUGUGGAGGAGAACGCCAAUGUGGUGGUGCGCCUGUUGAUCCGCCGCCCUGAGUGCUUUGGCCCGGCCCUGCGUGGGGAAGGAGGCAACGGCCUGCUGGCGGCCAUAGAAGAAGCCAUCCAGAUCUCUCAGGAUCCUGCCCGGGAUGGGCCUACCGUCAAGAAAGAUCGCCGAAGGGAAUUGUUUGGGGGAGAAGAAACUCACGAGGAGUACAGGGUCCAUUUGGGCAACGCCAUCAUGUCCUUCUAUGCCGCCCUCAUUGACCUGCUGGGACGCUGCGCCCCUGAGAUGCACCUCAUCCAAGCUGGGAAGGGAGAAGCCCUCCGGAUCAGAGCCAUCUUGCGUUCCUUAGUGCCCAUCGAGGACCUGGUUGGAGUCAUCAGCCUCCCGCUGCAGAUCCCUUCGUUUGGCAAAGAUGGCAGUGUCAUUGAACCCAAGAUGUCCGCCAGCUUUGUGCCUGACCACAAGGCACCCAUGGUGUUGUUUCUGGACCGUGUGUACGGCAUCGACAACCAGGACUUCCUCCUCCAUGUCCUGGAAGUGGGUUUUCUGCCUGACAUGAGAGCUGCAGCCUCCUUGGACACAGCAGCCUUUAGCACCACAGAGAUGGCCCUGGCCAUGAACCGCUACCUCUGCCAGGCUGUGCUGCCGCUCAUCACUAAAUGCGCCCCUCUCUUUGCUGGCACUGAGCACCGGGCUAUCAUGGUGGACUCCAUGCUGCACACCAUCUACCGGCUGUCUCGUGGUCGCUCUUUUACCAAGGCCCAGCGUGACGUCAUUGAAGAGUGCCUCAUGGCGCUGUGCAAGUAUAUAAGGCCCUCCAUGCUCCAACAUCUUCUCCGCCGGCUGGUGUUUGAUGUGCCCAUCCUUAAUGAAUUUGCCAAAAUGUCUCUCAAGCUGUUGACCAACCAUUACGAGCGUUGCUGGAAAUAUUAUUGCCUUCCGACUGGUUGGGCCAACUAUGGGGUCAGCUCAGAGGAGGAGCUUCACCUGACACGGAAACUCUUCUGGGGCAUCUUUGAGUCGUUGUCCCAUAAGAAAUUCGACUCCGAUCUGUUUAAGCUGUCCAUGCCCUGUUUGUGUGCCAUUGCUGGUGCCAUUCCUCCUGAUUACGUGGAUGCCAGCUAUUCUUCGAAAACUGAAAAGAAGGCUUCGGUGGACGCCGAGGGCAACUUUGACCCCAAACCUGUGGAAACACUAAAUGUCAUCAUUCCAGAGAAGCUGGACUCGUUCAUCAACAAGUAUGCUGAGUACACGCAUGAGAAAUGGGCCUUUGACAAGAUUCAGAAUAACUGGUCCUUUGGGGAGGCGUAUGACGAGCAGGCCAAGACCAGUCCUAUGUUGCGUCCUUAUAAAACGUUCUCUGAAAAGGAUAAGGAAAUUUACCGGUGGCCCAUCAAAGAGUCUCUGAAGGCCAUGAUUGCUUGGGAGUGGAUGGUCGAGAAAGCCCGUGAGGGCGAUGAGGAGAAAACGGAGAAGAAAAAAACCCGCAAAGUCUCACAGACAGCCCAGGUCUACGAUCCCAGCCAUGGUUACAAUCCUCAGCCACUAGAUCUAUCUGCAGUGACCCUUUCCAGAGAAUUACAGGCCAUGGCGGAGCAACUGGCGGAGAAUUACCACAACACCUGGGGACGCAAGAAGAAAUUGGAGCUGGAAAGCAAAGGAGGUGGAACUCACCCCUUGCUGGUGCCAUAUGACACGUUGACGGCCAAGGAGAAGGCGCGGGACCGGGAAAAAGCUCAGGAGUUGCUUAAAUUCCUACAGCUUAACGGCUACGCGGUGACUCGGGGUCUGAAGGACAUGGAAUUGGACACCUCAUCCAUUGAGAAACGCUUCGCCUUUGGAUUCCUACAGCAGCUGCUGAAAUGGAUGGAUAUCUCCCAAGAAUUUAUCGCCCACCUGGAGGCUGUGGUGAGCAGCGGACGAGUAGAGAAGUCCCCCCAUGAACAAGAAAUCAAGUUCUUCGCCAAGAUCCUGCUGCCCCUCAUCAACCAGUACUUCACCAACCACUGCCUCUACUUCCUCUCCACCCCGGCCAAGGUCUUGGGCAGCGGAGGCCACGCCUCCAACAAGGAGAAAGAGAUGAUAACCAGCCUUUUCUGCAAAUUGGCAGCCCUGGUCAGGCACCGGGUCUCUCUCUUUGGUACCGAUGCUGCUGCUGUGGUCAAUUGCCUCCACAUCCUGGCUCGCUCCUUGGAUGCCAGGACAGUCAUGAAGUCAGGCCCUGAAAUCGUCAAGGCGGGGCUGAGGUCUUUCUUCGAAGGUGCCUCCGAUGACAUUGAGAAGAUGGUGGAGAACCUCAAGCUUGGCAAAGUCUCCCAAUCCCGCACCCAGGUCAAAGGCGUGGGGCAGAACAUCACCUACACCACCGUGGCCCUCCUGCCCGUCCUCACCUCCCUCUUCGAACACAUCGCCCAGCACCAGUUUGGGGACGACGUCAUGCUGGAUGACGUCCAGGUCUCCUGCUACCGAACGCUGUGCAGCAUCUACUCCCUAGGGACAACCAAAAACCCGUAUGUGGAGAGACAGAGGCCCCAACUUGGAGAAUGCUUGGCCCGGCUGGCAGCGGCGAUGCCUGUGGCUUUCCUGGAGCCGCACCUCAACGAAUUCAAUCCUUGUUCGGUUUACACCACCAAAUCCCCGAGAGAGAGAGCCAUCUUAGGCCUACCGAACUGUGUGGAGGAGAUGUGUCCAGAUAUUCCAGUCCUGGAGAAGCUGAUGAAGGAUAUCAACGGGCUGGCGGAGUCAGGGGCUCGCUAUACCGAAAUGCCCCACGUAAUUGAAGUCACCCUGCCGAUGCUUUGCAACUACCUGCCCCGUUGGUGGGAGAGAGGCCCGGAGACCAAUGCACAGGGUCCCUGGUGCACUGAAGUGACCUCGGACCACCUCAACACCUUGCUGGGAAACAUCCUGAAGAUCAUCGUCAACAACCUGGGCAUAGAUGAAGCCUCUUGGAUGAAGCGGUUGGCAGUCUUUGCACAGCCUAUUGUCAGCAAGGCCAAGCCCGAACUGCUCCGCUCCCACUUCAUCCCCACCAUGGAGAAGCUGAAGAAGCGGUCCGGGAAAGUCGUGGCGGAAGAGGAACAGCUGCGGCUGGAGGUCAAGUCCGAAUCGGAGGACACGGAGCUACUCAUCCGGGAUGAGUUUUCCGUGCUGUGUCGUGACCUCUAUGCCCUCUACCCGUUGCUGAUCCGCUAUGUGGACAACAACAGGGCCCACUGGUUGACUGAGCCCAACUUGGAUGCUGAGGAGCUGUUCCGGAUGAUUGGGGAAAUCUUUAUUUAUUGGUCCAAGUCCCACAAUUUUAAACGAGAAGAGCAGAACUUUGUCGUUCAGAACGAAAUCAACAACAUGUCCUUCCUGACAGCCGACAGCAAAAGCAAAAUGUCCAAGUCUGAAGAAAGCCAGUCAGGUGGCUCGGACCAGGAACGGCACAAGAAGAAACGCCGAGGGGACCGCUAUUCCGUCCACACGUCCCUCAUCGUGGCUACGCUGAAGAAGAUGCUUCCCAUCGGCUUGAACAUGUGUUCACCAACCGACCAAGAGCUGAUCAGCCUGGCCAAGAUCCGCUAUGCCUUGAAAGACACCGAUGAAGAAGUGCGUGAAUAUCUCAACAACAACCUUCAUCUUCAAGGCAAGUGUGAGAACUCCUCCUCCAUGCGCUGGCAGAUGGCCCUCUACAAGGAGAUGGCUGGGAAAGCCGAGGACUCCAACAAGCCGGAGAAGAUUGUCAAACGGGUACAGGAGGUGUCUGCCGUGCUCUAUCACCUGGAACAGUUAGAGCACCCGUACAAAUCCAAGAAAGCCGCGUGGCACAAAUUGCUCUCCAAGCAACGGCGGCGUGCAGUGGUUGCGUGCUUCCGCAUGACGCCCCUCUAUAACCUGCCCAGGCAUCGUGCUUGCAACAUGUUCCUGGAGAGCUACAAGUAUUCCUGGAUCUUCAGUGAAGAGCAUCCCUUUGAAGACAGAAUGAUCGACGAUCUAUCUAAACCUGGGCCGCAGGAAGAGGAAGAGGAAGAGGAGGAGGAAAAGAAGCCAGACCCUUUGCACCAGCUCAUUCUCCAUUUUAGCAGGACGGCGUUAACAGAAAAGAGCAAACUGGAUGAAGACUAUCUGUACAUGGCCUACGCUGACAUCAUGGCCAAGAGCUGUCACAUUAAUGAAGGAGAAGAAGGCGACGGGGAAGAGGAAGAAGAAGUGCCAUUUGAGGAGAAGGAGAUGGAGAAGCAGAAACUCUUGUACCAGCAAUCCCGACUUCACAAUCGCGGAGCAGCCGAGAUGGUCCUUCAAAUGAUUAGCGCCUGUAAAGGGGAGCCUGGGGCCAUGGUUUCCUCUACUCUGAAGCUGGGCAUCUCCAUCCUAAAUGGUGGCAAUGAGGAAGUACAGCAGAAAAUGCUGGAUUAUCUGAAAGAGAAACGUGAGGUGGGAUUCUUCCAGAGUGUCCAGGGACUAAUGCAGACCUGCAGCGUGCUGGACCUCAACGCCUUUGAGAGGCAAAACAAGGCUGAAGGACUUGGGAUGGUAACAGAAGAAGGAACAAUCAUCAGUCGUGAAAAUGGAGAGAAGGUGAUGGCCGACGACCUGUUCACCCAGGACCUCUUUCGGUUCCUGCAACUCCUUUGUGAAGGCCACAACAAUGAUUUCCAGAAUUAUCUGCGGACCCAGACUGGCAACACCACCACUAUCAACAUCAUAAUCUGCACCGUUGACUACCUUCUGCGACUUCAGGAGUCCAUCAGUGACUUUUACUGGUAUUAUUCAGGCAAGGACGUAAUCGACGAUCAGGGCAAACGCAACUUCUCCAAAGCGAUGUCCGUAGCCAAGCAGGUCUUCAACAGCCUCACGGAAUACAUCCAGGGACCUUGCACUGGGAACCAGCAGAGUUUAGCACACAGCAGACUGUGGGACGCAGUCAUUGGUUUCCUCCACGUCUUUGCUCACAUGAUGAUGAAACUGGCUCAGACGACGCCAGAGCUUCGAAAUGGCGAUUCCAGCCAAAUUGCACUUCUGAAGGAGCUGUUGGACCUUCAAAAGGACAUGGUGGUGAUGCUGCUUUCUCUGCUGGAAGGAAACGUGGUGCACGGCACCAUCGCUCGGCAGAUGGUGGACAUGUUGGUGGAGUCGUCCAGCAACGUGGAGAUGAUCCUCAAAUUCUUCGACAUGUUCUUGAAACUGAAGGACAUUGUGGCAUCCGAUGCCUUCCGCGAUUACAUCACCGAUCCGCGGGGCCUCAUCUCCAAGAAGGAUUUCCAGAAGGCCAUGGACAGUCAGAAGCAGUACACACCAUCGGAGAUCCAGUUCCUUCUCUCCUGCUCAGAAGCGGAUGAGAACGAGAUGAUAGACUAUGAGGAGUUUGCCAACCGCUUCCAGGAGCCCGCCAAAGACAUUGGCUUCAACAUUGCUGUGCUGCUGACGAACCUCUCGGAGCACAUGCCUCAUGACGCCCGCCUGAAAACCUUCCUGGAACUGGCCGAAUGCAUCCUCAACUACUUCAAUCCCUUCCUGGGCCGCAUUGAGAUCAUGGGUGCCAGUAAGCGCAUCGAACGCAUCUACUUUGAGAUCAGCGAGACCAAUAAGACCCAGUGGGAGAUGCCCCAGGUCAAGGAAUCCAAGAGACAAUUCAUUUUCGACGUGGUCAACGAAGGGGGCGAGUCGGAGAAGAUGGAGCUCUUCAUCAACUUCUGUGAGGACACCAUCUUUGAGAUGCAGAUUGCCUCCCAGAUUUCAGAGGAGGAAGGUGAGGCGCAGGAGGAGGUGGAGGAAGAAGGAGAAAGCGCAGAAAGCGGGGAAGCCGAGAGUGUGUCGGCACCUUCGGAGGGGUCUUCGGUCUUCAGGGACUUCGUGGAGAGCAUCUUGAAUUUCUUCCGCAUGUUCACCUAUCGCAACAUCCGCCGCCAGUUCCGCAAAGUCAAGAAGAUGACAGUCAAGGAGAUGGCCAUGGGAGUGGCCACCUUCCUUUACACCAUCUUAAUGGGCAUCCUUGUCUUCUUCUAUAGCGUCCUCAAGUGCUUCUUCCUGCUCAUCUGGAACACCCUCUUUGGUGGUGGCUUAGUGGAGGAGGCCAAGAAGCUCACCAUGACCGAACUGUUGGCCAGCAUGCCUGAUCCAACUCAGGAUGAGGUCCACGGAGACGUGGCUCCUUCUGAUGAAGAUGAGCAGGUGACGGAAGAAGGAGAAGAAAUCAAUAUUACAGAGCCCGGCAAGGAGGACGCCUCAGGUGAAGGUGGAGAAGGUUUUGGAGGGGAUCCCAAGAAAGAGCAUUUCCGUUCCAUGGCCCCUGAUGCACCUGGCGGGCUUGGAGAUAUGGGGGACACCACCCCAGUGGAACCUCCCACACCUGAAGGGACACCCAUCCUCAAGAGGAAAUUGGUGGAAGAAGAGGCAGGGGAGGAGGAGCUGGAGAAGAUUGAGGAACCACCAGCAGAACCAGAGAAAGCUGAUGCGGAAAACGGAGAGAAGGCUGCCAAGGAAGAAGAGGAGAAGAAAGAGAAAGAACACAAGGAGGAAGAGCCGCCAUCACCGCCACCAGCCCAGGAGGAGAAAAAGAAGAAGAAGAUGGCCCAGCGGCCAGAGAAGAAAGAAGAGGAACAGGGAGUCUCCGAGUUUUGGAACGAGUUGGAGAUCCAGAGGGUCAAAUUCCUGAAUUACCUGUCCAGGAAUUUCUACAACCUGCGCUUCCUCGCCCUCUUCCUGGCCUUUGCCAUCAACUUCAUCUUGCUUUUUUAUAAGGUGUCAGACACGCCCCCCGGUGAGGAGGAGUUUGAAGGCUCUGGUCUUGAAGGCGAUCUGGAUGCAGGAUCCGGGGCAGGAUCCGGCUUCGGUGGAGACGACAAUGGGGGCAACGGGGAUGGCAAUGGCAACGGGGACGAGGACGAAGAAGACAGCGUGGUCUACUUCUUCCUGGAGGAGAGCACGGGCUACAUGCAGCCAGCCUUACAAUUCCUGUCCAUCAUCCACACCCUGGUCGCGUUCCUCUGCAUCAUCGGCUACAACUGUCUCAAGGUGCCACUGGUCAUCUUCAAGCGUGAGAAGGAGCUGGCCCGUACGUUGGAGUUUAGCGGGCUCUAUAUCACGGAGCAACCGGAGGAUGACGACAUCAAAGGCCAGUGGGAUCGUCUGGUGCUCAACGCUCCGUCGUUCCCGAGCAAUUACUGGGAUAAGUUUAUCAAAAGGAAGGUUCUAGACAAAUAUGGCGACAUUUACGGGCGAGAAAGGAUCGCAGAACUUUUGGGCAUAGAUUUGGCCAGCCUAGAGAUCUCAGCCCAAAAUGAAAAGAAAUCGGAGCCGGACACGUCGUUCUUGACUUGGAUUAGUUCCAUUGACAUUAAGUACAAGAUCUGGAAACUUGGCGUCAUCUUCACGGAUAACUCCUUCCUGUAUCUCUUCUGGUACAUGGUGAUGUCCGUCCUUGGCCAUUACAACAACUUCUUCUUCGCUAGCCACCUUCUGGACAUUGCCAUGGGUGUCAAGACCUUACGGACCAUCCUGUCCUCUGUCACCCACAAUGGCAAACAGCUGAUGAUGACCGUGGGGUUGCUGGCAGUGGUUGUCUACCUUUACACCGUGGUAGCCUUCAACUUCUUUCGCAAGUUCUAUAACAAGAGCGAGGAUGAGGAUGAACCUGACAUGAAAUGUGAUGACAUGAUGACGUGUUACCUCUUCCACAUGUAUGUUGGAGUGAGAGCCGGUGGCGGCAUCGGGGAUGAGAUUGAAGAUCCGGCGGGAGACGAAUAUGAGCUCUAUCGCGUGAUCUUUGACAUCACCUUCUUUUUCUUUGUCAUUGUCAUCUUGUUGGCCAUCAUCCAAGGUUUGAUCAUUGAUGCCUUUGGGGAGUUGAGAGACCAGCAGGAGCAAGUGAAGGAGGACAUGGAGACCAAAUGUUUCAUCUGCGGGCUUGGCAGUGACUAUUUUGACACGACGCCCCACGGCUUUGAGACCCACACGUUGGAGGAGCACAACCUGGCAAAUUACAUGUUUUUCCUGAUGUAUCUCAUCAAUAAGGAUGAAACGGAGCACACGGGCCAGGAAUCCUACGUCUGGAAAAUGUACCAAGAGCGCUGUUGGGAUUUUUUCCCGGCCGGAGAUUGCUUCCGCAAACAGUAUGAAGACCAGCUCAGCUAGAGGCUCCCCUGGGCGAAGCAGGGGCAAAGGCAGCUGCCCCGGGUCCACCACCUUUGCCCCCUUCCUUCAGCCCUAGAGAAAAGGGGAGGGGGAUUCAGCACCAAAGCAGAGUGGCUGACCGUCUUUUGUUUCAAGCUUGGGGGGGAAACCGCCUCGUUCCCCUCCCUCCGCCCUCAAGUCAUCACUCCUCUGUCUUCUGCCUCUUGCUGCCAAGCCCCCUCCCCUCGGUGGAAGAGGUGGGUACUUCUGCCCCCCCACCCCCACCCAACCCACCUCGCGAAAUGCCCCCACCUGCUUGGGCUAAGCCAGCCUCCCACUUGGCCAGUAACUCGUUCCAACUCUUUCUGGUCUCCUGGCGGCGUAGAUGGUGGGGUUCGUGCAAUAGGCAUUUUUUUUUUCCAGGUUAAAGUCACCCCCACCUCUUCCCAGUUUCAAGUGCCUUUUAUUGGCCCUCACUCGCCCCCCCAGGAGAGGGGAGGGUCCCCCAUACAGGGAAAGACUACUCUUCCGGAUCCAUCAGGAGAACGGAACAGGACGAUUCGCCCUGUCCGACUCACCCCAAGACAACUCGUCGCAGAGCAAUUUUAACGAUUUGGUUUUAAUUAUUUAAAACGAAUGUUUUUAAUAUAUAUAUAUAUAUAUAUAGUUUAAUGUUUGCCCUUCCCACUUUGUUCUAUCCCUCCUUUCGUAUCCUUUCUUUAACGAUCCCAUCCCGUUAUUUCUUUGAUAUUAGCAGAGCUCUUGUCUCGCGGCAACUUGUCCCGCGGCGGUGAGUUGGACGUGGCGAGUCAGCGCAGGGAGAAUUUGGGGCCGAUUUCACUCACCCAGCGUAGUCGGGUGCCCAAGAGACGCAGAGGGUCUCCAAGGAGAAGAAUGCAGCCCCCUCUGCCCCUCCCCUCCGUGACUUGAAUUAACCCUCACACCUCGCCCUCCCACUUGUGACGCUGAGGGUGGUGAGCGGGGGGGGGGGGGUGUCUUCUCUUGCCCUAUCUGUACCAGAAAUCCCACCCA